AUGGCGCGCUCCGUGGCCGUUUGCCAUCAGGCUGUGUCCCUUCGUAUUAUCUCUGAUGGAGUUAAAAGAGCAUUAAACUUGGACCCCAUUAAAAAAGAUAAACCAUCUGAUGCAACACCUUUGAAGACCACCAGGAAAAAUCUAAACUGUUACUCACCGACAACGGGAACAUGCCAAAUGAGUCCAUUUUCAUCUCCCACGAGUCAUAAUGCACAAAAUCUCAGAAAUCACCCAUCAAAUGGAGAUGGAACUGAGUGGAACCAGUCAGAAAGCAAAUUAUCCAGGAGAGGGCAGCCUCAAACACAGGAGCGUGGGUUCCUGGAAUUGCAGUCCAAAGUGAACAGUUCAUUGGUUAGAAUUCUGAAAACAAGAGCAAAUCUGACAAGCCUACAGGCUUUAGAGGGCAGUAGAGAGCUUGAAAAUGUUAUCGGGGUCUCGGACUUGUCUUGCGCCUUGAGUGCUGAAAUGCGGAAAACCCAAGCGCUAAUGAGUCAAGCAGAAGGGCUGCAGCUGCUUAAAAAGAACGAUGGAGAACUUCCUGCCCAAGAGCACGUUCAGACUGACAGCAGCUUUGCCUUCCUGAGGUCGCUCCUUGACUGA